UUAAUUCCAAACACUUUUAUUUGUGACAGUUGUGCCGUUUGUCGCUCUGUCUUUAUUCGUUGCGGAAAGCGUCGCAUUCAAUUCCGGGCUUCCGUGAACGCAGCACGGAGUUCCCGUCAUUAGCAUCUUUAGCAAGAACGCCCAGAGAACCUGCUGAGCUGAGUCCACGCGAUCGACAGAGAACCAGUUCGGUUGGGAGCGCUACUGUCCAGUGGGUUCCUUGUGUCCAGACAUGGUCCAGGUUCGUGCCGUGUUUUUUGUUCUGGCUGUCUGUGCGUCAGUCACUUCUGGCUUGUCCGGGCCAGACGGCGGCCCGACCACUGCGUCGCUGGCGGUGGACUUGAGCCUGGCCAAGUCCACUCAACAGCGACACCUGGAGGCUCUGUUCAACAGGUACGGAGAGAAUGGCAGCAUCACGUUGUUGGGCCUAAAACAGCUCCUGCAGAACAUUGGACUGGACCGCAUCCGGAACGUGACGGUGCUACACACUGAGCAUCCCGGCCACCAUGAAGACCACCAGGGUCACGACCACCAUCAUCCUCACAGCCAUUACCACCACCACCACCAUCCCCAUGACUCGCUCGGAUCUAAGGUCCUAGAGGUGCCCUCGGAGCGAGAGACCGCGGAUCGCCAGCGCACCGUCACCCCAGGACCAGCUGCGGUUGCAGGGUUGGUCCUGGAUACGACACAUACAAGUGGAGAUGAACACCGAGACCACACAGACGAGGACCACAGUCACCACUCUGACCAUGGUCUGGUUGAGGUCGCCCACCCCUGUCAGAACGCUUCUACAAUCCUAUUGGCUCAUGGAUUGUCACAGGAGGCCAGUGUGACUGUGCAGGACUUCGCCUUCCUCUGCCCCGCCCUUCUCAGUCAGAUCGACGGCGGCAGCUGCAUCCAACACGGGACGCCCCACCAUCACGAUGAAGGCCAUCAUCAUCAUCACGACCACGGUCACGAUCACGACCACGGUCACGAUCACGACCACGGUCACGGUCACGAUCACGACCAUGGUCACAAUCACGACCAUGGUCACGGUGACACUGAGGAGCCACACCUUGUUGCCGGCAAAAGCAUGAAAGCAGCCUGGAUCAGGGGCUUCGUCUCCAUCUCCAUCAUCAGCCUGCUGUCUCUCCUCAGCGUGGUUCUGAUCCAGAUUAUGGACCGCGUCUUCUUCCAGUUCCUACUCAGCAUCUUGGUCGCCCUCGCGGUUGGCGCGCUGAGCGGCGAUGCGCUGCUGCACCUCCUACCCCAUUCUCAGGGGAACCACCAGCACCUGCAGAAGGACUCGAGCAGUUGGGACCACCUGGACUCGGUGUGGAAAGGUCUGACCGCGCUGAGCGGCGUUUACCUGAUGUUUCUGAUCGAGCACUUCCUGACGCUGGCCAAGAUCUACAAGGACCGGAAACAGAAGAAGAAGGACCAGGUGGAUCCGGAGAAGCAGAUGGCCCUAAUGGACCAGAACCUGAAGCCAACAGAAGAUGUGGAGACGAACGGCGCCGGGGCACUAGUCGGGGGCUCCAAAGGUUUACCGGAGUGCGGUGUGGCGGAGGAGGAGCAGGUGAUGCUGGCGCCGACUGCUUCGUACACGGCGGAGGACUGUGAGAACAAGUGCCACUCCCACCUUCACGACACGGUGGGGACGGCGGACAGUGAGCACCAUCACCACCACAACUACCACCACAUCCUGCACCACCACCACUCCCAGAACCACCACCCGCACAGCCACGCCCACCCCUACUCGCAGCAGCACUUCCAGGAGGCUGGCGUGGCCACGCUGGUGUGGAUGGUCAUCAUGGGGGACGGACUGCACAACUUUAGCGACGGUCUGGCCAUCGGUGCCGCCUUUACCCGGGGCUUGUCUGGUGGCCUCAGCACGUCAGUGGCCGUCUUUUGUCGCGAGCUUCCGCACAAACUUGGAGACUUUGCAGUGCUGCUGAAGGCCGGCAUGACAGUGCGACAGGCUGUGCUGUACAACUUCCUGUCGGCCAUAAUGGCAUUCCUCGGCCUGCUCGUCGGCCUCCUCAUAGGUCAAUACGCUGAGUGCGUCUGCAUGUGGGUGUUCGCCCUGACCGCCGGUCUGUUCCUGUACGUCUCGCUGGUGGACAUGGUGCCCGAGAUGCUGCACAACGGAGACAGUGGCUCCGGUCACUGUGGCUUCUUCCUCCUGCAGAACGUGGGAAUCCUGCUGGGCUUCACCAUCGUGCUGCUCUUCGCAGUCUUUGAACACCAGAUCGAAUGAGACGGGGCCUCUGAUAGACCUGAGCGUGCCGUGACCUCGGGCCUCUGAUGGAACCAUGUGACUCCAUGUGACUCCAUGUGACUCCAAAUGCACGUCUUAGUUCAUUUAUGUCUGGAAGUUUGGGUCCUAGAUCACAAACUGGCAUUCAGCUGGAACAGCUAAUAGGCUAGAGAUGACAUUAGCAGUAGUGAUGUAGUCGUGCAGCUUUAAUCGGGACAGUGACCCACACACCCCUGACUACAGGGCUUUUUUGUUACAGAGUCUGGUCUGGACUCAUUUUUAUUAACAAAAGAAAAGAACAUUUUUUCGUUUGAAGUGUUUUCCUGGAACAAUAAACGUGUGUGCACACGA